AUGGCUAGAGAAAUCACCGAUAUCAAACAAUUUUUGGAAUUGACCAGAAGAGCUGACGUUAAGACCGCCACUGUUAAGAUUAACAAGAAAUUGAACAAGGCCGGUAAGCCAUUCAGACAAACCAAGUUCAAGGUUAGAGGUUCUUCUUCUUUGUACACUUUGGUUAUCAAUGACGCUGGUAAGGCCAAGAAAUUGGUCCAAUCUUUGCCACCAACUUUGAAGGUUAACAAAUUAUAA